CACUUUGUACCUCCGUUUUACUAAUUAUUACAUGAAAAGAAAAAAUUGAAAAGUGAAUACGUCGUCGUAUGAGUUAUAACAAUGUGCUGGUGAAAAAUGGUUGGUGGUUUCUCCCAUUUAAAAGCGCAAACACGCUUUUGGUUAUUUAUUAUUCAGGGAAGAAAAAUGUUACCUACUCUUUACUGAAGAAGAUCCAUCCUUCUCCAUCGAAGAAUCAAAGACUAGUGGACUUGCUUGAGUGGUUCGGAAGAUGUAUGCGUGGACGCGUUCUACGAGGGCUCGAACAAGAGUGGCGAAUAAACAACCGGUGAUUGAUACUGAAGAUGAAGAUGUUCAAUUCGAGAAUAGUGCAAAUGGACAACAACGCCCUGCUCAAAUAGAGAAAAGUGCAAUUUCAGAAUCUGCACAACAAACGGAACAAAAUUCAACGUCAAUUAGACAAGAAAUGGAGUCUGUAGAGGUGGAUGAAGUUGCGAAUGGCACCAAAUCUACACAACGAAAGAGAAAAAGGGGUCCAACCAAAAUGGAAAUUUUCCGUAAUUGCCCUAAUCAAAAGAUGGAAAUUGAUUUUAAUCUAACUGGACAACCGCUCGGUGCAAAUUCGGUCAAAUUCGUGUCGUUUCUUGGUGUUAUAGCGCGCCAAAACAUCCCUAUUGUGAUAGAGUGGAAACAACUUGAAGACGAGAAAUGGAAACCGUUGAAGGAUGAAGUUUGGUCGUUAGUUGAGCAAUCGUUUAUUGUGAACGAUUCGCAUAAGGGCGUUAUCUUUAAAAUGAUGGGCAAGUAUUGGAGGCAGUAUAAAUCGAAAAUCACACGUGAAAUUAUCAAGGCAAAUGACGAGUUGCCGAACACGCCGAAGAAGAGACGUGCGUUCCAGCUUAUUAAGCCACCGAGUGUAAAAUCCAAAGCGGAUUGGGAUGCUUUUGUGAAAGCAAGACUUGCAACAUCGUUUCAAGUCAGAAGUCAAAGAUUUAGCGCAUUGCGGAAAAAUCAAAAAUACACUCAUACUAUGAGUCGUAAAGGCUAUGCUCGCUUGGAGAACGAACUUAAAGCAAACUAUCCAAAUCCUGAUGAAAUAACACGAGUGGAGUUAUGGACAAUCGGGCACCAAAAAAAGAACGGAGUACCGGUAAACGAAGCUGCUGCAGAGAUAAUGGAAAAAAUAAAAAAAUGCAACGAAUCAACCGAGAAUCCGCCGUCAAAGGAUUGUGUUCGAGAUGAUGCGCUUGCACGAGUUUUAGGACCUGAAUCUCGUGGAAGAGUUCGUGGACUUGGUUUUGGUGCCACACAUUCUAAAGUGGACGUAAUAGUCAAAGGUAAUGCGAGAGUGAAGGAACUCGAAGCCUAUGUUAAAACACAAGACGAGAGAAUCGGUACAAUUGAAGCUCAAUUGCAAGCUCUCCUUGAAAUAAAUCAAAAGAACCCGAACAAGAAUGUUGAGGAUUUAAGCGUACAUGUCGAGAGUCCACAAUCAGAACAAGAAAGUUAUCAUGCACGUGAUCAAUCGACGGAACUUCAACAUGCAAAGUGCCGAUUAUUAAAUUGGUAUAAUUUCGACGGUGAAGAAGUUGUGGCAGAAGGGCAUGUUGCGUCAUUCGAUCCGCGGAGCUUAGUUAAUCAUGUGCCGGUGGGAAGAGAUUGCUGGAAAGUAUGGGUUGGUAAAGUGAUUGACCGGAACUUGGCUAUGUAUAGACCUACCGAUGAAUUUCGUAAGCUCGGCGAUGCUUUAGGAAGUACGGUUGCAUGGCCGAAAUCAUCCAUCAAAAUGCUUUAGUAAACGUUGUAUUCAGCGGGUUCCGAAAAAUAUGAUUUCGACAUUGUAGAUUCGAAUAUAUGCUUUGAGUUCAUUAAUGGUUGACUGUUGUGUGAAAUGUUUGUUGAGUAAAAAUUGACUUUUGUUUUGUACAAAUAAGAUGGCAAUGAAUUAAUUAAGCUGAAAA